GUCUCCCUCCCUCCCAUGGCCGCGGCCACCUCCACCCCAUGCUGAGCCAAACCCCCCAACUAGUUUCAGUGUCCGCCCAGCAGUCAGCAGAGGAGGAGCGCGACAGAUCCUCGGCGCCGGCGCGCCCUCCGGGUCCCCCGCCCCACCACCACUCACAUCACAUCACAUGGCGGACUCCACGCACCACACCAUCCGCCGCGCCGCGGCGCGCCCGCGCGGCUGGUGCUGCUCGUUCGCGGGCGUCCCGGAGAGCCCCGAGCACCGCCGCGCGCUCCCGGCGCCCGCCUCCGCCGCCGACGCCGUCCCGAAGCCUCCGCCUCCGCCGCCGCCAAAGUCCCCGCUGGCGCCGUCGUCGCACGGCUCGCCCUCGUCCAAGCUCGCGGGGCUCAUCGACACGCGGAGGAUCCUCUCGCCGGGCCGCGUGUCCCCGAUCGACUCCGAGGGGUCACCGGCGGCGGCGCCGAGGGAGCAGGCCGCGCCUUUCGUGGCGGUGCGGGAGGACGAGGACGAGGGCGGGGACGGCGGCGAGGCGCCGGCGCUGGAUCUGAGGCUGUGCCUCAGGGCCAGCGACGGCCGGUGCGUCGCCAUGGACCUCGACUCCGCCGUGCUGUGCGGGAGCAGCGCCUUCUUCGCCGGCAUGGUGCCGGACGCAUCUGCGGCCGGGGGAAGGAGGGUCGAGGUGGAUGGGGUGGACGACUUGGAGGCGUUCAAGGACGCGGUGGAGCUCAUGUUCGAGCCCGACGCCUUGCGGUGGCUCGCCAGGGCCGGCGUGUCACGGGCAACCGCUGUGCUCCAGGUUUGCUCCUCUAUUGCGUUCGACAAAGGAGUCGAAUCAUGUUUGAAGUACAUCGAGGCAGUUCCAUGGAGCGAGAGCGAGGAAGAGAAGCUGAAACACGUUUUUGCCAGAUGCACUUUCGGCGAAUCAGUUAGUAAAGAUGUGCUGGCAAGAUUGCAGCAGCAGUGCGCGAGCGGCUCGGAGGACCUGGCGGUGCAGCUCGUGGAAUCUAUCACGAGCGGAGCCAACAACGGCGCGAGGAAAGAAAUGCAGUCUUUGGUGAGCGGUCUCCUAAGCAGAAGCUCAGUCUACCAUAAGGACCUGUCCGGGGUGAACAAGGGGGGCCUUUACCGAAUCUGCCGUUCCUGCUUGAGCUCACUUGUGGAACUUUUCAUGGAGGACUCAGAUGGCGGCCAAGCUAUGGCACCUUCAGGCAGAAGGCCUAUGGUUGAAAGGAUCAGUCAGCAAACUGAGAAUCUCAACUGGCUCUUGGACAUCCUUCUGAACAACGACAUGGCAGAAGAAUACGUUGAGCUGUGGGGUACGCAGGAGGAGCUCAUCAGAAUGCACGAGCGAGCAUCGCCGAUGUUCAGGUACGAGCUCAGCCGGGUAUCGGCGAGCGUGUUCAUGGCUCUGGGGAGAGGGAGAAUCCAGUGCCCCAGCGACACGAGGAGCCAGCUGUUCCGUGGAUGGUUCAGGCCCAUGCUUGUGGACUUCGGCUGGCUGCAGAGGUGCUCCAAGGGGCUGGAUGUGAGAGUCCUGGAGGAGAACCUGGGGCAGGCCCUGCUCACCCUUCCGCUCCACCUACAACAGAGCUUGUUCGUAGAAUGGUUUCAGUGCUUUGCGUCUAGAGGCACAGGAGGAUGCCCUAAUCUCAGCAGAGCUUUCCAGGUAUGGUGGAGGAGGUCAUUUGUUAAUUAGAUCAGCUGGUUCUUCUUCCCAUUCUGUGCCCUAGAUGCUUGCUAUACAAACAUGAGCCAGUAUAAAUGUAAAGCGUCAUCAUAAGUAUGUUUAUUUUUUGCCCUAAAGUUGGCAUGACCUUAUUC